UUGAAGCUAAACUACAAAAUUCAAAGACUGCAGUUUAAAAAUUUUCAAAAAAAAAUCUCAGCAUCUUCAGCUCUAAGGAAGCCCCUCCCCAAGACCCCAGCCUAAGAUGAGUAGAGAGAUGCAAGAAAGCAUGAGUUCAGCGGUACUGUAUCACUAUCCUUGCCCUGAUGGAGCAUUUGCAGCAUUGGCUGCACAUCUUUAUUUUUCUGCACGGCAAAAACCUGUUGUGUUUUUUCCGAACACGGUUUAUAAUCCAAUCAGAACUGAAGAUCUUCCUCUAGAGAAUUUUGAUGCAAUCUACCUUUUGGACUACGUGGGCCCUGAUGGCUUUGUCAGUGAGCUAUCUUCAAAGGUUAAAAGGUUAAUUAUUCUUGAUCAUCAUAAGACUGCGAUGGAGAGACUCCAAGCAAACAAGUAUGAUGGUAAAAAUAUUGUUAAAGUCAUAGAUAUGAACCACAGUGGAGCAACUAUUUCAUAUGAUUUCUUUGCCAAAAUAUUACUGUCAGAAAAUAUGUGCUCUGGAACUGUCACCACACAAGAAAAUUGUCAAAGAAACUCAUUGGUACCUGAGACAGAUAUGGAAAGAGUUGGUCAACUUUUUAAAUAUGUAGAAGAUGCAGAUCUCUGGAGGUGGAAUCUUCCUGAUAGCAAAGCCUUCAGCAGUGGAUUGAAUGAUAUGCAAAUUGAAUUUAGUUUCACAAAGAACCAAAAGCUAUUUGAACAGCAGCUAUUGGCUCUUGAUCCCAGAAACAUAAUUGAGGCAGGCAGAGCUAGCCUAAUGCUCAAACAAAAGACGAUUGACGAAGCACUUGAACAAUCUUAUGAGCUAAAUCUUGGAAACGGGAAGUUUGGAAAAUGCCUGGCUACAGAGGUUGGUCAGACUAUUUCACAUUUGAGAAGUGAACUUGGCCACCAAUUAGCUCUUAAAAGUUUUGUCUUGAAUCUAAGACCUAUUGGAGCUGUUGUCUACAAUGUUGAAGAAUUAGACAAGGAGGAUAUCUUGAAGAUAAGUCUUCGUAGUAUUAGCUCUGAAGACACAACAGAAAUUUCUCAGGUUUAUGGAGGUGGUGGACAUAAAAAUGCAAGCUCAUUUAUGAUAAAUAGGGAAGAAUUUGAGAAAUGGAAAUUGUAAAUUUAUGUAAUAAUUAUCUUGUACAUUUUAAGCGAAAGAUAUUUUCGACUUUAAUGUAAUUUUAUUGAAAAUCCAUUUAAUAAAUAAAAAUGUGGUAUUAUAGAGGAAACACAUGUGCAUGCACACACACAAAAGUAGUUCUAUGUAUGUGUUAAUUGAAUGUUUUUUUAACACGUCAUAUUAAUUGAUCUCAACAUAAAUAAAUCUCAAACACUAAGAAAACAUGUUGCUUUUA